GGAGAGGGGCGGGGGAGGCGGAUGAGGAGGAUGAGAUCAUAGCUUCAGGAUCCUCAGGAAACCCUGGUACAGGCAGCAGCCAGCCUCCGCUGUGCCCACAUGACCCACAACUCUGGCAGCGGACCCGGCACUUCCAACAUUACUAAAUAAUCAGAGAGCGGCUCCCACUCCGGGCCCACACCUCCCUGCAGACGAUGGACACCUUCUAAGAGUUUGGCGAGUGGGUGACCCAGGCGCUGGUCCAUUGCAAGAUAAAUAGGAUUUACAAGCCCCAGGAAGCAUUUGAGAAGUCUUCAAAUGCCACGAUCAGCUGCUAUUUCAAAGAAAACAAAAUAGAUGGUUCUGGAAAGUCCAUGCUGUUUCUUCAUUGAAUUUUAGAAUGAUUGAAGAUAGUGGAAAAAGAGGAAAUACCAUGGCAGAAAGAAGACAGCUGUUUGCAGAGAUGAGGGCUCAAGAUCUGGAUCGCAUCCGACUCUCCACCUACAGAACAGCAUGCAAGCUGAGAUUUGUGCAGAAGAAAUGCAAUUUGCACCUGGUGGACAUUUGGAACGUCAUUGAAGCAUUGCGGGAAAACGCCUUGAAUAACUUGGACCCAAACAUCGAACUCAACGUGGCCCGCCUGGAGGCUGUGCUCUCCACUAUCUUUUACCAGCUCAACAAGAGGAUGCCGACCACUCACCAAAUCCACGUGGAGCAGUCCAUCAGUCUCCUGCUGAACUUCCUGCUCGCAGCCUUUGACCCGGAAGGCCAUGGUAAAAUCUCCGUAUUCGCUGUCAAAAUGGCUUUGGCUACGUUGUGUGGAGGGAAGAUCAUGGACAAGUUAAGAUAUAUUUUCUCAAUGAUCUCUGACUCCAGUGGAGUGAUGGUUUAUGGAAGAUAUGACCAGUUCCUUCGGGAAGUUCUCAAACUACCCACAGCAGUUUUUGAAGGUCCUUCAUUUGGUUACACAGAACAGUCAGCCAGAUCUUGUUUCUCCCAACAGAAAAAGGUCACCUUAAAUGGCUUCUUGGACACGCUCAUGUCAGACCCUCCUCCACAGUGUCUGGUAUGGCUGCCUCUUCUGCACCGACUGGCAAAUGUAGAAAAUGUCUUCCAUCCAGUUGAGUGCUCCUACUGUCACAGUGAGAGCAUGAUGGGAUUUCGAUACCGAUGCCAACAGUGUCACAACUACCAGCUUUGCCAGGACUGCUUCUGGAGGGGCCAUGCAGGAGGUUCUCAUAGCAACCAGCACCAAAUGAAGGAGUACACAUCGUGGAAAUCACCUGCUAAGAAGCUAACGAAUGCAUUAAGCAAGUCCCUGAGCUGUGCUUCAAGCCGUGAACCUUUGCACCCCAUGUUCCCAGACCAGCCUGAAAAGCCACUCAACUUGGCUCACAUCGUUGAUACUUGGCCUCCGAGACCUGUAACCAGCAUGAAUGACACACUCUUCUCCCACUCUGUCCCCUCCUCAGGAAGUCCUUUCAUCACCAGGAGUAUGCUUGAGAGUUCAAACCGGCUUGAUGAAGAACACAGGCUGAUCGCCAGGUAUGCCGCACGACUGGCAGCAGAAUCCUCCUCAUCCCAGCCCACACAGCAGAGGAGUGCCCCUGACAUCUCCUUCACCAUCGAUGCAAAUAAACAGCAAAGGCAGCUGAUCGCAGAGCUGGAGAACAAGAACAGAGAAAUCUUACAAGAGAUCCAGAGACUUCGGGUAGAACAUGAGCAAGCUUCCCAGCCCACACCCGAGAAGGCUCAGCAGAAUCCAACCUUGUUGGCAGAACUCCGACUCCUCAGACAACGCAAGGAUGAGCUAGAACAGAGGAUGUCUGCUCUCCAGGAGAGCCGGAGAGAGCUGAUGGUCCAGUUGGAAGGUCUCAUGAAGCUCCUGAAGACCCAGGGGGCAGGCUCCCCACGCUCCUCCCCCAGCCACACCAUCAGCAGGCCGAUCCCCAUGCCCAUCCGGUCGGCAUCUGCCUGUUCUACACCAACGCACACCCCUCAGGACUCCCUCACUGGGGUAGGGGGAGAUGUACAAGAGGCGUUUGCACAAAGUUCAAGAAGGAAUCUAAGGAAUGACCUGCUGGUAGCUGCAGACUCCAUCACUAAUACCAUGUCCUCGCUGGUGAAAGAGCUGAAUUCAGAGGUGGCGAGUGAAACAGAAAGCACUGUGGAUUCCGAAUUUGCAAGAACUCAGUUUGAGGAUCUGGUUCCAUCACCGACCUCUGAGAAGGCUUUUCUAGCCCAAAUCCACGCCCGGAAACCUGGGUACAUUCACGGUGGAGCUACAAGUACCAUGCAUGGUGACAUGGUCCCGGAUGAUGGGGAUCCUUACACGCAACCCGAGGACGGCAACUAUGAGAACGAGUCUGUGCGGCAGCUGGAGAACGAGCUGCAGAUGGAGGAGUACCUGAAGCAGAAGCUGCAGGACGAGGCCUACCAGGUCAGCUUGCAAGGUUGAAUGCAAUACCCUUUUCUCACUCUCCUCUCAAGCAAGCUAUAGUCAGACAAAUGAGGAAAGUUAACAUGCCAUCCGGUGGUGAAGAGAGCUGCCCACAACAAAGAGGAGGAAGACUGCCACCUGGAAGCAGCCUCACCCUCGCUCGGAGAGAGGAGCCACCACACCCAGCAGCUCCAACAACCCCCUCCCCUAAAGAUGUGUUCUGAUGCCUGUAGUGCAGCUAGCUUUCUGUUCUAAAAUCUGUAGUUCCUAGGUGUGUGUUUUAGAAGGGGGUGGGGGCUCGAGACUUCUGUUCCUAGAUAAUUUAUCAACUCCAUCUUCUGUAACAUGGCUCAUCCCUGGUUCAAAGCAAACACCCACAGGCUGGCUGACAGCCUGCUGCUGUUACACAAAGAACAGCAGUGUUAAGGAGCAUUUUAAACCUUUGCACACUUGAUAUUGAACCUGUUCAGUUUACAAUGACAAUAUUAAUAGUUUGUAGCUAGAAUUUUCAUUUGUGGAUUCUUUGAGAUUUUAGCAAAGACGGUUUUAUUAUAUACUAUACAUUUCCCCCACAGCAACUGGGAGGGGUUGGGGGGGACAACAGUCUACAAUAAGAUUUGGUUUCUGAGUAUCCAAACUCAAAACCCAGGAGCCAAGAAGGGUCCUUGGCCUGCCCAUGUCCCCAAGCCCCACUGAGAAAUGACUUAAACCUACCAACAGGAAUAAUGGGUUCUUGGGAGCUUAUUUCCAACUUGGAUUGUUUUCCUUCGACAUACUCUAAUGAAUCAGCCAUAGAAUUUAGUGUAAAUACUUUUUCCAAAUAGAUAUCAUAUUCAAAAACUAAUGAAAGAGAGACAACAUUCAAAUGAUAUAGAAUCUAGUUUUUAAAAUCAGCACAGAUCUUCUUUAAAAACUGUGAACUAUGUUUUGGAAUACUCGUUACUAAAGCUGUUUAUAAACCACAGGUGCCAUAGGAUCCCCCAACGGACUACAGUUAUCUGCACUCCUCCAGGUCUUGCUUUCCACAUUGUAUCCUUAGGAAGCAUGUCUUACACAGCACUGCUCAUUGACAAGUCCCCUCAUCAGUAGUCCCGAGGCCUUCAGCUUUAAACUAUGGGCUUAAAGUGCGCUUGCUUUGCUUUUCUUUCUGAAUGUUGAUUGCCUUACCUGGCCACCUGGUGUUCUGCAUGCGGCUGUGUGGGCAUGUGAACGGAGACAGACAAGCUAUCCAGUGUGGUAUUGGGAUCUCACACUCAGUCGGAAGCUGGUGUGUAAAAGAACUGUCAAAGACAAGAGGAUAAGAGCCUGUGGACGGUCCCCUCAUUAGAGAGACCUCAAAGGAGGCUCCCUUAGCGAUUCUGGGGAAACUGGAAAAGUAAUUUGGUUGUUUCAAGAUCUGAUGUAUAAGAAAAAGCCAGACACCUGCUGGCUGUCUUAAAACUACAAGCCUCUCUGGAAUUCCUGUUUCUUCUUCUAAAAGAAAGAAGGGAACAUCAUUUCAGAACAAUGAUUUGCUCAGAACCUGUCUGUCAGACCAGCAAUGUUAAUGUCACCCAAAAGUCUUACCAAUGUGAAUUCCUAGGCUCCAACCCAGGCCUGCUGACUCAGAAACUCUGGGGUCUGGACCUAGUGACCCAUGAUUCAAUUGGCCCUCCUCACAGUGAGGCAUGGUAUGAAGUGGAAAUCAUUGUUCUAGAAUAGAGUUGUAUAGCCAAGAGUGAAAAGGGCCUUAUUCGGGGCUAGGAUGUUACUCGAUUGGCCGAGGGUUUCCCUAGCAUAUGCGAAGCCCUGGGUUCAAACUUUCAGACCUGUAUAAACCUGGCAUGGUGACACCUGCCUAUGAUCCCAGCACUCAGGAGAUAAAGGCAGGAAGUCGGGAGUUCGAGGUCAUCCUCAGCUGCAUAGUGAAUUUGAGGCCAGCCUGGAAUACGACACCCUGUCUUGAAGAACAGGGCAGGGUGGUAUUCAGAAUAAAUAACAAACCUUUUAAGUGGACCUCAGAUUCAAUCUUGCUCACCAGAUUGGCAAAAGCCUCCUCCCACCCCACACAUCUGGUCUAUAAUUGAGUGGCUAAGAACUCCCUUUCUGACCCCAAUGUCUGCAGAGGGGUAUUCCUGUUCUUGCCUCUGCAUUUGGUCAGAAACUAUCUCCAUGGCUGUCCUCUAAACAAAAUCAUUUGCCUUGAGGAUAGCCGAGGGCAUGACUGGCAUCAGUAGAGGACCCCAUGCUGUCCCUGGGUAUUCUUAGUCUAUUUUCUUCCAGAAAACCCGCCUUGCAAAAUUCCCUGAGCACAGGCUAGCACCAAAGUCGCACAACUGCACAGUUCUCUGAUUUCUUUGCACAGGUGGAUUUUGUCACGGGUUCUGCUGGCGUGUCUUAACGUUCAUCUCUCUCCCCCUGCCCAUCAUCCUCUGUGAAAUCACACCUCUCUAGAUGGUGCAGGUGGCCAUUGGUGCCUCAUACUCAGUACUGAAAACCACUACAUCCCAGAUACCUACAUUUCUGUCAGCUCAAAUCAGAGUCGCAUAGUACUUACAUUAAAACUCAGACCCUGCUGGUGGCCCUCCGUCGCUGGCUGGACUGAACUGACCCACGUUGUCUUUUUGGGUUUCUACAUUAAAAUGUGUGUCUAAGGUUGAACUGUUCUACUAAAAACCUUCCCUCAUGUCACAGCUUCAAUUGCCAAGCAGCUCCAUCCCAUGGUAUUGACUCCAUCCUACAAAGCCAUUACAAGAACUCUCUGGAAACCACUACCAGUGAGCAAUUUCUCACUAACCAGCCACCUUUUCUUUCUCUUAGCUCCACGUCAGCACUGAGACCAGACUCAAGCACCCCUGUCCUGUAACCGAGACAAAAUGGCGUGUGUUGUUUUGGGGUUUUGUGAUUGUCGGUGGAUUUCUUUCCUUGGCUCUCCAAAUUUACUUUUGGGGCCUGUUUUAAAUGCAAACCCAGCAGGUUUUGUCUGUCCUGUCCAUUCCAUUCAACUAUAUCUCGAAGGGGUUGUUCUUUCUUAUUCCACAAUGAAUUGCACACCCAUGUCCAUCAGAGCUGAUGGUCUACGAAUGAGCACUGGUCUAAGGCAGCCAAACCUCCCCCACAGCAUUGUGGUCAAGGAGGUGGGUGAAAUCUACUGUAUAGGAUUCAGGAGCUGGUUGUGGUUUGUCAGGAUGGAAGUUGGGGUAAGUUUGGUUGGUCAGAGGGAGACGUGUUGGAGACUAUGAAGAUGGAUUAUUGGAUGAUCUAUAGUAAGGCAGGGAAGGUUCAUUUGUAAGUAGUAAUAUGAACUGAAUUGCAUUAAGAUUGUGGCCUUUGUGUGAUAUAUACUAUGUAUUUUCUUAUAUGCAUGAGCCAAGCUGUUGCGAUAUAAUUUAGCACUGAUGUCUGCUCUUAUUUUGACCAUCUUCGUCCACUGUUAUUAGUUCUUGGCUGUUAAGUGUAGAUAGAUAUUGUAAAUAUGGCAGCCUUGGGUUGCUACGCUCACAUUGGUUCGAUUCCACACAAGGAGACACAAGAAACAAAUUCCACUGUGUCCUCAGAAGACGGGGCAUUUUUCCUUUGAACCAAAAAGAAAAAAAGAAAAAUGUCAGAAGCAUUCAUUACAUCUUGAAGCUAAUUAACAUAAGACAUUUUAAAUUGUGACUACUGUAAUUUGACCCCAUUUGAAAUAACCAAUCCAGACUAAAGAGUUCACUAUAUUCAUUGUUAUCGUAACAAAACUACUAUAGUAUGUUGUUUUGUUUUGUUGAUAUUGCUGUUAAGUAUUGUUGUGUGUGUGUGUGUGUGUGUGUGUGUGUGUGUGUGUGUGUGUACCUCCUGGGGACAUGUUAUAUUUUGAAGUGAUUAAACUAUUUAAUUGUGUGUCUAUAUUUUGGAAUGGAAUUAUUUCUUCAUUAAAAAUGUUUUUUAAAACACUA